AGUUCUGUUUGCAGGCAACGUAGACAAAAUAAACUUCACAUUUAUGAGAUUACAGAACAACAACUGAACAAUAUAUCGUAUAAAAAUAGCCAACGAUCGAACAAGAGUAAGUGCAUUGCUCACUGUUCGCCCAUUCACUUAGUAAAGCCGCAAAUAACUUCCUUGUUGUAGCUCUACUGCCCCCUAUUAACCAGCCAUACACACAUAUAAAUAAGAGCGUUCUAAGAGCAGGUUUUGCAUUUGAAGCAAAACAGUGCUCGCGCACGUGCAAUAGCAAUUGUGUCGAAUUCGUCUGCAGUCGCAAGCUAAACUCAUUGCUCUCAGCAUGUCUCAACAACCUGUCGCAUUUCUGACGCGCCGCGAAACGUUCAGUGCUUGCCAUCGCCUGCACAGUCCCCAAUUGAGCGAUGCAGAAAACUUGGAAGUCUUUGGCAAAUGCAACAAUUUUAACGGACAUGGACACAAUUAUACAGUUGAGCUAACUGUUCGCGGACCCAUCGAUCAACGGACUGGGAUGGUGCUAAAUAUAACAGAGCUAAAGGAUGCCAUCGAAACGGUUAUCAUGAAGCGUCUCGAUCACAAGAACCUGGAUAAGGAUGUCGAAUACUUUGCCAAAAUACCAAGCACUACGGAGAAUCUGGCCGUGUAUAUUUGGGAUAAUAUACGCACACACCUGAAGAAACCAGAGCUGCUGUACGAGGUGAAAAUAUUCGAGACACCAAAGAAUAUUAUUACUUACCGUGGACCUUAUCAAAUGAAUGGCCUUUACAAUCCAAUUAACAAACGCAUUGCACGCGAUUCUUGUACCAAUAUAUCAUCGGAUUCGGAUUAAAUCGGAGAUUACAAUCGAAUUUUGGACCAAUGCUCAGCGAAGCACAAUGAAUUAUGCGCUACAACUAAAAUACUUACACACAGAACACAAACAUUAUACAUGAUGCACAUAGAGAACACAUUUAGUUAUUAUCUAACGAGUUAUACGAUUUACAAAGUAUAUGCCUAGACUUUUAUACAUUCAAUUGAAUUUAUGAGAAUUAUACGAAAUAAAUAUAAAUCUAUAACAAUCAAUAAUGAAAGAAAUACUCCCUUUGUUUUCUACCAGGCUUUAUUACGAAAACAUAUUGCAUAUUUAAACAAUUGAUUUGCCUUUUUAACUCAGUACAUUUCAUUUUACUUGCAUAUUUGUAAAGUAAUAUUUAUUUUGUGUUUUGUUCAAUUGCCCUUAAGUAUUUUCUAAAUGGCAGCUAUAAACCUUGCAUUGCUAUUGAAAUUUGUUUUGUUUUCCUUUAGUACCAGGUAAGCUAUUUAAUUGUUCAGGAUUGUAUAGUCAUAAGUAUAUUUAGAUAUAUGUAUGUUUGUUUGUAUGUAUAUAAUUUAAAUUGCUUAGGCAUUAGUCGUAACACUAAUUUAUAUCACUUUGUCUAUGCUAAACACUCUAUACAUUGUCAUUGUCAUUGUUAUAAUGAUGGUUUAUUGUAUAGGGCAUUUGUAUAGGAGAAUUGUCUAAAUAAUUUUAGAGCCUUCCGUGCAGAGACUUUUCCCGUUGUUGAAAUCCUGCAUGAACAAGCUGCAGUAGACGUGCCAAUCUUUCGAAUCUGUGGGAUCAUCAAUUAUAGGCAAUUAUAACAAUAGGUAUUUCUCGAUUUAGUAUUGAGCCAAAAAACUACGUGGAUUGAUUAGUAGUAGUCUUAUGCAGGUGAUUAGUUUUGGUUCGUUUCCAUAAGUUCAGUCAAGAAUCAGUGCUACAGUUG